UGGCUCGCACCUGACACCAGUCGUCAAGAGAGGGUGCUAACUGCAGCGGGGUCUCAUGGGAUUUGGAGUUCACAGCGGGCGAAACAGCAGCUAGACUUCCGGUGACUGUGACCGGAAAGGACUGCAGUUCCCAGAAGGCAGUGCGGUCGUUGACACCCUGGAGACGAGGAAAACAGUGGGAGGGAGGAGUUUGGAUCGGAAAGUUCUCGGUGUUUGUUGUCGCAGCCGAUAUUAAACUCUCGGACCCACACGGACAUUGACUUCGGGGAGGACGAGGAUGGCAACGCCGGGCUUCGGAAACGGAGGGGCUGCUGCUGGAGGUGGAGGAGGCGGCGGCGGCCUCGGUGCCAGUGGCUCGGCUUUCUCCGUCAGCCCCUUCCCUGUGUCGGGCUCCGGAGCCGGCCUGGCUCCGCUGGUCGCCGUGUGGGAGUGGGAAGACGAGGCGGGCCGUUGGAGGCCCUACAGCAGCCGUGUGAGCGAGCACAUCGAGCGCAGCCUCCAGCAUUUACAAGGAGCGGCUGCGGCUAAAGGAAUCAGCAGCAUCUCCCUGGGCCAGGCCGAGCCUAGGCUGGCCCCCUACAUCAUCGAUAUCCCCACACUCACCCAGUUCCGACAGGACACAGGAAGAAUGAGACGAGUUAGGAGGCAACGAUAUGCUCAGUCAUCUGCACCAGGACAAGGAUUAUUAUGGCAGUGGGAAAAUGAUGAAGGUGGCUGGACAGCCUAUGAAACACCCAUCUCCAUUUUCAUAGAGGAUUGUCUUAUUGCAAACCAGCAGAUAGCUGAUUUGGGACACUUUGGUUACAGCUACAUAGUGAAUUUCACCAACUCAUGUCAAAUAAAUAAAACCACUGGGUUCAGAAGACGUGUUCAAAGACUUUCUGAUGCACCCUAUCCAUCAGCUGUUUCUGGCUCGUCGCAUGGAAGUCAAAUCUGCUCUUGCAACCAAUGUUUAGCUUAUACUGGCUCUGGGCCUAUUUCGAAUCGUAGUCGAUACACUGUAUCCAACUUGGCAGGCCCUUCUACUCAGCUAACUUCUAAUAGAUCAUCUCUAAUAAUGCCUCAUAACCAUGGAUACUCCCCUUAUAACAAGAGACCAGCGUCAGGGGGCCCUAUGCCUUUUGUAAAUCCCAGUCGGCCGGUUAAUGCAGCAGGUAUUCCAGGUCAAUCUACAACCGCUGGCUCUCAGUUCACCAAUGGUUCAAGCAUUCAAACGUUGCCAGUACAGCUGAAUGGUCCAAACAAUGUAUUCCCAGCAUUUGCAGGCAUGACUGCAAUUCUGAUGUGUGCUGCUGGACUGCCUGUGUGCUUCACCCGCGCAACUAAACCUGUACACAAACCUGACUCAAGAAAAAGCGGUAAAAAACUCAGCACUGCCCAAGAUAAAUCAUUUAGGAGAUCGAAGAAAGUAUCCAGAAAAGAAAUGGUAAAGGAUCCGGAGGAGGUGGUAAACAAGUAUAUGAUGAGAAUAGAAGAAGAAAUUCCAGAUGAGGACUGUAUAAUCUGCAUGGAGAAGCUGAGUGCCUUGUCUGGCUAUGAUGAAAUGUCCAGGACGAGAACCAUUCGGCCAGAUACAGUGGGAAAGUUCACAAGAUGUGGCCAUGUCUUCCACUUAUUGUGUAUGAUGGCUAUGUAUGAAAAUGGAAACAAGGAUGGCAGUUUACAGUGUCCUUCAUGUAAGACCAUCUAUGGUGAAAAGACUGGAACACAGCCAAAAGGAAAGAUGGAUAUUUAUUUAUUACCACAGUCACUGCCUGGAUAUGCAGACUCUGGAUCUAUACAAAUUGUGUACAAUAUCCCACCUGGUAUUCAGGGUCCAGAGCACCCUAACCCAGGCAAACCAUAUACUGCCCGUGGCUUCCCCCGGCACUGUUACCUGCCUUACAGUGAAAAGGGCAGACAGGUCCUGGAGCUUCUCAAAGUAGCAUGGAACAGACGGCUGAUUUUUACUGUGGGGACGUCGAGCACAACUGGGGAAAUGGACACAGUGGUUUGGAAUGAAAUUCACCAUAAAACAGAGAUGGGGUCCAAUGUAUCGGGGCACGGAUACCCUGACCCCAACUACCUAGACAAUGUCAUUGCAGAGCUGGCUGCUCAGGGCGUCACAGAGGACUGUCUUCGGCAAUAAUUGAUCAAGUUUUCUCCAAUCCAGUGGAGAGCCUGUAAAAGUGUUUGGACUUCUGCACUUUUCUUUAGUGCAAGCUGUGUUUUCAUUUUCCUUUCUCCUGCUUGUUUUGUAAAAUCCAGAAUCAAUUUUCAUAGCCGUGCAUG